AUGUUAUCAUAUCUAUCUACGAUGAUAAGCAUAUGUCUAAUAUUCAUCAUUAAUUUUAUCUAUGUCUCGUCGAAUCUAAUAUUGCCUGAAUAUGAACAUUGUGAUGCACCAUUGGGUAUGGAGUCAGGCUCGAUUACUGAUAGUGAUUUGACUGCGAGUUCAACACAUGACAUUAGCAGUGUUGGACCUCAAAUGGCAAGAGCUCGUACUGAAAUAGAAGGAGGAGCAUGGUGUCCGGACAAGCCUGUUGGAGUUAAUUCUUAUGAAUACUUAGAAAUAGAACUACGACAAUUAUUUUUCAUAAAUGCUGUUGAAACUCAAGGUCGAUUUGGUAAUGGACAAGGAAGAGAAUACGCAGAAUAUUAUCAAAUUCAAUAUCAACGUGAUAAUAAAUCGCCUGAUUGGAUCACUUAUCAUAGUAAAACAACAAAUAAAACAAUUUUUAAUGGAAAUAUUAACACAUAUUUGCCUGAAAAACGUUCACUUUUAUCGCCAAUCUUAGCUAAGCGAAUUCGAAUUGUUCCCUAUAGCCAACGGUGGCGAACAGUUUGUAUGCGAGUUGAACUUUAUGGAUGUCCAUAUCAUGGAGGUGUCAUAUCCUAUAAAACGUCACCAACUUCAGACAGAGAUAAUACAUAUGAUGGUGGUAUUGGCAAGUUAGUCGAUGGAAUUUUCGGAGGUGUCGAUGAUUAUUGGCUCGGUUGGCAUCAAUCACCAGCGUCCAUUGAAUUUAAUUUCGAUAUUUCUCGUCAAUUUAAAACAAUAGAAAUCUAUACAAUGAACCAAAAAUAUCAUUCAAUUCAUAUUAGAUUUGAUAAUCAUCUUUCAAUUGAACAUUAUGCAUCACCAAAAGAAUCAUCCUUAUCCACUGUGUUUGUUGAUACUAUUCAUUUGAUGAAAUAUGGAAAUACAUUUAUUGGCAAAAGAAUAGAAAUUAUGUUUGAAUUUGAUAAUGCACUUUUUCUAACAGAAAUUACAUUUGAGAAUGAACCAGCAAUUCUGCUUAAUACAACAUUCGAGAUAAAUAAUACAACAAGUUGUUCUAUUGUAACUAAAGAUUCAACAUUUCAAUCUUCAUCAUUAACUAUAUUUACAUUCGAAUGGUUAACAAUAUUAAUUGGUUCUAUUCUUUCAUUUUGUUUAAUUGUUUUAUUUAUUUUUGGUUUCUAUCGUCUUCAUCGUCGUCGCCGUCGUCUACAUCAUCGUUUAAGACAAAAUAGAAAUCUGUAUUAUAAAUCUUCUCAAAUGACAACAACAACAACGAGUGGUUCUUGUGUAUCAACGUCAAGUGAACAUGAUGGCAGUACAUUACCUAUCAAUAAAAUUAAUCAUUUAUUAACGCCAAAUAAUUAUGAUGAUAUAACAAGUGAACAACAAUCGAUGGCAUCCUAUAUCUAUCCAAUAACAUCAACAACAUCGUUAUUACACACUAGUCCACCAGCAUCAAUAUUUAAAGGUGAACAAUAUGCAGUUAUUGAUGGAAAUUAUUCAUUUAAUAAUUAUAACCGAUGGCCAACAAAUAAUACAUGCCACUAUGCUUCAUCAGAUAUUGGACAAAUCGAUAAAGUAUUCUAUAAUCAACGAAUAAGUUUAUUUAAUUGUAUAAUUCCUCGAGAAAGCGUAUCUUCAAAAUACAAUCCUCAUUCAUCGACAAACUAUCCAACAGAUGUUGAUGAAACAAAAUUAAUUGUAUCCAAUAAAAUAUCUGAAACAAAAAAUGGUGAAAUUUAUCUAGGGAAAUAUUUCUUGGAUAAUGAAUCUAAAUGUGUUUUAAUUAAAAUCGUUAAAACAAAUGUAAUUAACACAUGCAGGCAGAAAUUUUUAAAUGAACUUGAAAUUUUAUCACAUUUAAAUCAUAUAAAUAUUUCAUGUUUAUAUGCUGUUAAACUUGAUUUACUUUAUAUUGUUCAAGAAUAUUCACACUUUGGUACUUUACAGGAUUAUUUUCACACAAUGUCCAAUCAACAAACAAAUGACUCAACCUUUCAAAAGAUGAACAUUUAUUUUGCUUAUCAAUUAGCAAAUGCUCUUCAAUAUUUGUCUCAUUUAAAUCUAAUUCAUUGUGAUUUAGCAACACGUAAUUGUCUUUUUUAUUUGGAUUAUACAAUAAAAUUAACUGAUUGUGCAAUGGCUUUAUCAAAAUAUGAAAAUGAAUAUUGGUUAACAAAAAACGAACAGUUAAUACCAUUGAGAUGGAGUGCACCAGAAACCUUAAUAGGAGAUCCAACAAUAAAAUCCGAUAUAUAUUCAUUUGCUGUAACAUUAUGGGAAAUAUGUUCACGUUGUUCAUGUUUACCACAUGCAUCAUUAACAAAUGAAGAACUUUAUCAACGUAUGAUAUUGCAACAAUCAGAAAAUAAAGAUGAUGCAUUAUUCAAUUUACCUCUUCCACCUGACUGCCCAAAAGAAAUCUAUGAUUUACUUUGUGAAUGUUGGCAUAUUGAUGGAGCAAGUCGUCCAAAUAUUGCCGAUAUUACACUUUAUUUUAGACGACAGAUUGAGUCGUCUCGUUUAAAUACUAUUUCUUGA